CCCGUCUCCCCACUGUACUGGCUGUGCGGCCCAAGCGAGGAUUUUCACGAAAACAUCAACCGCAGACUGCGUACCAGUGCCAGCGGGGACGGUGCUACGACGAACGGGACCCAACGCUAUGGAUCCAACGGCGUGACAGCCGAGUCUAUGGCGUUUUUAAAGUUGGAUAACGGUGUUCGGCCUUAAAGAGAGACGUGAGAAGCGCGUAACAGAUUUAACGGCAAUGAAUGCGGUAUCACUUGUUAGAUAGAGAGACAGAGAGAGGGGCCAAAGUGGACUCCCUCCCCUCGGUACAACCGCUCCGCCCGAUGGAGGCUGACGGGACCUUUGCAUUGAGCUCCAGGCCCGGAAUGUCACCUGUGAAACGUCGACACCUCGCCGGAGGAUCUAAUUAAGAAAAAGACCGCGCACACCUGUCUGCGCUCUCGAGGACAACUUCUUAGUAAGGCUGUUUACAACAACAAAAGUUAGCAGGUCAACGUUAGCUGCGGGAGGCGACCCCUCGCGCAAAAUGACUAUCAUAGAUAUCACUUAACGAGAGGUUACUCACCGCCUCAGGUAACAUAGCACAGGUGAACAGCGCACUAUUUUAUGGACUUCUUUCUUCUGGCAGGUUUGUUUUAGAAAGUUGUCUUAUUAUAUUUAACCAGCAGUAAGUUCAGUCCAACUGAUUUGGCUGCAAGAAUUGAGCAGAAGAAGAACUUUUUGUCAUUUUUUUCACCGCUUCAAGUGUCGCCUUUUCCCGUCAACCAUGUCACUCAAAGACAAUCCUUGCAGGAAAUUUCAAGCCAACAUUUUCAACAAAAGUAAAUGCCAGAACUGCUUCAAGCCCAGAGAAUCACAUCUGCUGAACGACGAAGACUUAAAUCAGGCAAAACCUAUAUAUGGAGGAUGGUUGCUGCUGGCACCAGAAGGAACAAAUUUUGACAAUCCGUUACACAGAUCUCGGAAAUGGCAGAGGAGGUUCUUCAUCCUUUAUGAGCAUGGCUUACUUCGCUAUGCUCUGGACGAAAUGCCCAGCACCCUACCCCAGGGUACCAUCAAUAUGAACCAGUGCUCCGACGUCAUCGAUGGAGAGUCCAGGACGGGUCAGAAGAACUCUCUGUGCAUCCUGACCCCUGAGAAAGAGCACUUCAUACGGGCUGAGUGUAAAGAAAUUAUCAAUGGGUGGCAGGAGGCUCUGACCGUAUAUCCCAGGACCAACAAGCAGAACCAGAAGAAAAAACGCAAGGUUGAUCCACCCACUCACCAGGGUGGAGAAACUGCAAGCCAGUGUUUUUCCACUGAAGACAUGAAUGGACAUCCAGAACCCGGCCCCGCCAAGGUGACAGUGACGAGCAGCAGCAGCGGGGGAAGCAUCCCUUGCCUGCCCAGCAGCAUUGCCAGUGCCGAGCGUGUCCCCAUGAGUCGUGCCACUCUGUGGCAGGAGGAGAGCCGCUGGAGCAGGGCCACCAUCCCCUGCAGCCGCAGUGCCUCCUGUCUCAGCCAGCUGAGCCAGAGCCAACCAGACUCCAGUCUCACUACUCAAGACGACGGCGGCACCAUGAGCACUGGACGCAAGGUACGGGUGGAGAGCGGUUACUUUUCCCUGGAGAAGACCAAGUCUGAGCCUGCUCCACAGUCUGCACAGCACUCUCAUCUGCCCCAGCCCCCCCAGCAUCUGCCCCUUUCCUCUUCAGCAUCUUCCUCCUCUUUAGGAGCUCUCAGUCCCAGGUACAACUCUGAAUCCGAAUCCCAAACUUCCCCCUUUCAACCCUCCCAAGAUCCUCUCCCUUCUCCAGGUGCGCUUGUUUCCCCCAGCUACUCCACCAUCAGCUCCUCCCAGAGCUCGCUGGACUCCGAGCCCAGCGGGUCCACGCCCACCUGGGAGGGACGCGGCGGUGGUGGAGGAAGCACCGGUAGUGUUAGUGGUGGCGGAGGCAGAGUGGGCAGGCCCGGCAGGGAGUACACAUCGCUGUCCGAUGUGCCACGGGCUCGCAGACUGAGUUACCGCGAAGCCUUCCGCUCAGAAAAAAAGCGCCAAGAGCUGAGGGCACGGACACGGAGUCCUGGCAGGGAGGAGGUGGCUCGGCUGUUUGGGCAGGAGCGCAGGCGUUCUCAAAUCAUUGGCCGAUUCGAGGAGGGCCAUCCUGUCGAGCGCAUGGACACAAGCGGCUCCACUGAGCCCUCCGCUAACACCACGCUAAUCCAGAGACAAGGCCGCAGCGAGAGACGCUGUCUGGCCAACAAACAUGAGUCACUGGAUGCAGGAAAGGACCGUUCAGUCCCUGAUGUGUCCAGCUCCACUUUCGCUAAUUUAAGAAGAGCCAAGUCACUGGACCGAAGAGUCACAGAGUCCUCAAUGACUCCAGAUCUGCUGAACUUCAAAAAAGGAUGGAUGACAAAGCUGUAUGAAGAUGGAAUGUGGAAGAAACACUGGUUUGUCCUUACAGAUCAGAGUUUGAGGUACUACAAGGACUCAAUAGCCGAGGAGGCUUCAGAACUAGAUGGCGAGAUCGACCUCUCUACAUGUUACGAUGUCAAAGAGUUCCCGGUUCAGAGGAAUUACGGGUUCCAAAUCAUGUGUAAAGAGGGAGCGUGCACCCUGUCAGCCAUGACCUCUGGAAUCCGUCGCAACUGGAUUCAGGCCAUCAUGAAGAAUGUGCGACCCACUAUUGCCCCCGAUGUCACUCGGAAAAACAUCUCACUGAAACUAUCCGUUCUGAAGCCCAGAUCCCUCCCUGAGGAGAAGAUAAAUACCCACGUGAUGCUGGAGCCGUGUCCACAGGUCACUCCUGAGCCAAGCCCCAGUCCUGAGGCCCCCAGGUCUAAUGUCCACACGCAGUCAGCAGGGAACAAUGCCUCCGAGCCCCGCAAAAGCAGAGUUCGUGAGCGCAGGCGAGAGGGUCGCUCCAAGACUUACGACUGGUCUGAGUUCAAAAUGGAACAGACGGGAAAGUCUGUAAAGGAGCGAGCAGACACAGUUGAUCUCAGCUCCUCAUACUCUACAACAUCCUCUUAUUGCUCUCCCUCCUCUUCCCCUUCCUCAUUAGCAUCCUCUCCUGUCUCUACCUCCUCCCUUCAAACCUCAUCAAGUGCUCACCCACCUCCUGUGACAGCAGAUGCAGAAAAGGAGAGUCUUAGGAGGGCACAUAGCACAACCAGUGCGACCCACAUGCCAAAUACUGUUACUGUCACCAUGAGCUCCUCGCUAAACACCACACCACCGGUACAGCCAUCGACACCUGAAAGCCAAGAGCAAGGAAAGAUGGAAGUAGACCAUCCUAUAGCCGUUCAUCCUGCAAGUGACGAUAAAAAGGACAGCAGAACGUCAGAUGUCCAAGUAGAGAUUGAGCAGCGAUGGCAUCAGGUGGAGACAACACCGUUAAGAGAAGAGAAGCAAGUGCCCAUCAACACAGCUUCAAGAAACUCUGAGAGAUUGCCUGCUCAUGAGCUUGCGGCGCUGCUCGACAAAGAGUUGGGACAGAAGCAGCAGGAGCUGGACCGACUACAGAAGCAAAACAACGAUUUAAAAGAGCAGUUGGAAGAUGCACUAGGGAGAGAACAAAGUGCCAGAGAAGGCUAUGUACUGCAGAACGCAACACCCCCUUCCUCUUCACCGCGCAGAGUGCCAUGGCAACACCUGCACAAGCUUAAUCAAGAUUUGCAGGGCGAGUUGGAGACCCAAAAGCACAAGCAGGACCUUGCUCAGCAGCAGAUCCGAACACUUAAGAGAAGCUACACUGAAGCCCAGGAGGCAGUAGACCACCAUGAGUCUGGUAUUCAGGCCCUGCAGGCCAAACUGGCAUCUGCCAUGGCGGAAAUCUUGGCCAGUGAACACGCUGUGGCCAGGAUGCGCAAUGAACUCAAGAUAGAACAGGAGCGUUCAAAGGAACAUGAAGAGGAAUAUGGCCGCAGUGAGGCCACCCUUCGAGCCCAGCUAAAGGAGAGUGAAGAUAGACUCCGUGAAGUAGAGGCCAGCCUCUUAGAGAGAAACCAGGCCCUUAGGCACCUGGAGCGCCAGCAGGCCGUGCAACGAGACCACAUGAGAGAGAUACAGAGGCUGCAGGAGAGGCUGCAAGAGGUGACCGCUCGGCUAGGUGCUACUGAAGAGGGUCAGGCACUGAAGGAGGAGCGCCUGAGGAAGGAGCAGCACUCCAUGCAAGAGAAUCAUGAGAGGGAGAGACAGAAUCUGUGUAGAAGAUUAGCUGAGGCUCAAACUGCACAGAGAGAGAUGCAGAACCGACUGUUGGAGGCUGAGGAGCAGGUGGAGGCCCUGUUAAGAGGGCGGCAGGCCUCUGGAGGAAAGGAAUGCAGGGAGGAAAUGCUGAAGUUACAAGAGGAGCUGGCCGUGAAGACCAACAUGGUUGAGUCACUGAGGGAGAGUGUGCGUAGGCUGGAAGAAGAGAAAGGCCAUCUUACUUGCCGCUGUCAGGAGCUUAUUAACCAGAUUGCAGAAGCAGACCGUGAGGUGAAUAAGCUCCGCAAUCGUCUGGAAACGGAAGAGGCUGAUUAUUACACCCUGGAGCACUCGUAUGAGAGGGCUACCCAGGAGUUUCAGAAAAUGAGCCAGUUCCUCAGAGAAAAAGAGGAGGAGAUCCGGCAGACUAAGGAGAUGUAUGAGAGGCUGGUGGAACGCAAGGAAGAGGAUUUGAAAGAGGCCCUUGUUAAAAUGGCAGCACUUGGCAGCAGCUUGGAGGAAACUGAACAAAAGUUGCAAGCAAAGGAGGACCUUCUUUGUCAAAUGAGUCAAAGUCUUUUAGAUAAGGUUGAGCCCUGUAGCGCUGAGAAGGAUCUGAAAGCCAAGCUUGUGGUUGCAGAGGACCGCAUUGCGGAGCUAGAGCAGCAUCUCAAUGCCCUGCAGCUGGGCUACGCUGACCUACGUGUAGAGAGGCAGCAAAUCCCAGAACAGAGCAAGAAGGCAAGGCUUAAAGCCUCGGCCUCCUUAGCAGCAAACACAGAACACUUACUAUCCUAUGAUAAGACAUCCAAGACAGAGAACUCCUCAGAUGAUAAGGAAUCUCAAGCCAAGAGACCAAGGAUACGUUUUUCAAGUAUUCAGUGCCAAAAAUACAUGACUAUAGAAGGCAUGGACACGAGCCAUCUGAGUAGUACCUUUGGAGACACAGGACAAAAAGUUAAUGAGGAUGUAACUGAAGACAUCCAUGUAAGUGAAGGAAACAUCUCCCCUGAUGUCCCCUUCUCUCACAGUAGUGACCCAGAGAAGUUUAUUUCUAUCAUACAUGCCCUAGAGACUAAACUGCUAGCCACUGAGGAUAAACUCAGAAAUCUCACACAGAACCUAGAGGAGCAACGAUUCAUCGAAGCAGAAGACAUGUCCAAGAUUGAUUUAAAGAUUGCAGAAACAAAGCCGAACCCCGAUAAGGGGCAGAGCAGUGCUGCCAAUAAGCAUUAUGCCAAGGCCCUGGUGUGUGUGGAAAAUAGUCGAGAGAAAGUCAAGACUAUUCUCAACGGCUCUCAUGAUACCACUGAUUCACAGCUGCACUCAUUGUCAGAGAUAGAGAGCGAUUUGUUCAAUGCAUCAUUGUACAUCCAACAAGGACAAAAGACAUUGGAAGAACAAUCCCCAGUUGUCCAUAAAAAUCAAACCCCAGAGACUCUAGAUAAAGAAGCUUUGCACCUCUUUGCCAAAACGUUAUCGUAUGAGGCUAUCGUUUUGAACAAGAUGGCUUUGUUAAUACAGACUUCAAAGUCUGAACUCCUCCAAUCUCUUGCAGAGAUAUGGGAAGACAUGGAGAACGUUAAAAGAGGUGACAAAGAUUGCUUGGCAAUAGUUUAUGCUGAUGUCCUGACUAGGAAGUUGAUGUUAGAGAGUGCUUUCUGGAAAGAAUUGGAGAAAGCUGACACGGAUGUUGCUAAAUCCAAAGAGGGCAGCGUUUCGGCUGAUGUAGAUGUUGAUACCACCGUUAUAUUUAACACCUUCAUUAAAGCAGAGCUAGCCUACUCUAUUCAAAACCUUAAACUUUGCUAUGAAGAGAAAUUCCAAAUACUGAAAAGGGAGUUGACAGAAGCUCAUGAUAACCUGCAUAAAAGGGAAAUGGCUCUGAAAGCAAUUAUUGAAGCUUCCAAGAGGCCUGAUUUGAAAAAUGUCAUAAAAGAAGUCAAAAAUAACUUUGGGUUUAGUAAACAAAAGUUGGCAGACAUUCGCCCCCCUGAACUUGCUCCCUACAUGGAGCAGAUUGAGAUGGAAGAAGCUAGAGGCUUGGCGGAGGAAAUUGUAGACAGACACUUGGCUGGAGAAAUGCCUUCUUGUGGCGUAGACUCUAUUGAAUCACUGCGAAAUGCACAUGAAAACCUGGCCAAUGAGCUUCAAAGACAAGCCACAAUCCUCCAUAAGUAUGCUCAAGAGAUAGAAAGUGGUGGGAACCAUCCUGGACUGGCUAAAAUGAUCCAUGCCCUUCUGGGCCACCAAGCAUCACAUAAUGUCACAAGUACCUCUCUCUGUAUGCGCGAAGCCCUAAUCCAGGCUCAAGUGGCUUAUGUGGCAUGCAGGUUGCGGGCCAUGCAUGAGCAAGACUUGGGCUGGUGCAAACAGACAGGUCAGAACAUGGAUGCACUGGUCCAGCAGCACGCCUCCAAUGUCAGCGCAAUCCAGGAGAAAUAUGAAGCAUCUUUACAGGGCGAGCACCUGAACUUCACACAAACCGUGUCCACUCUCCAGAAGGAGAACGAUACGCUAAAGAGUGAGAUCAGCAAACGUGUGAACCAGCUCUCCCAGCAGCAGGUGCAACUGGCUUUCCUGGAGGAGCAUUUCCAGAAGGAGACCGAAGAGAUGAAGCACAGGCACAAGCAAGAAUUAAGCCGAGCCGAGAAAGGCCGUGCCUCAACAGAGCUGGCUCUCAUGGAGACAACAGCGGACAGUCAACGAAAGCUAGAAGUUCUGCUGGUGGACAUGGACACAAUGGAGGAGCGGCACGAGGGUCAUGUGCGGAAACUGGAGGAGCAGUUUGAACAGCGGAUCUGUGAGCUCCAGCAUAUGCACAAACAGGAGAUUGAGAAGUUACAUUCCCAGCCGCCUCCUUGUGACGACGCCGCAACACCAAUGGAAGAGGAGGAGCAGGGGAAGGGGGACAGUGUACAGACCAUGUCAGAGGUGGACUCCAUGGUGGUUCUGAAGGACCGGAUCCAGGAGCUGGAGGCUCAGAUGAGCACCAUGAAGGAUGAACUGGAGAACAAGCAUCUAGAAGGAGAUGUGGCCAGCCUGAGAGAGAAAUACCAGAGAGACUUUGAAAGUCUUAAGGCCACUUGUGAACGUGGCUUUGCAGCAAUGGAAGACACACACCAGAAAGUGAUUCAUGACAUCCAGAGGCAGCAUCAGAGGGAGAUCUCCAAACUUAUGGAAGAGCGAGAGAGACUAUUGGCUGAGGAGACUGCUGCCACAAUUGCUGCUAUUGAAGCAAUGAAGAAUGCUCACAAGGAGGAAAUGGAGAAGACCCAUCGUUCCCCACUGAGUGGGCUGAAUUCUGACAUCGAUGAACUUCGCUUACAAUAUGAGGAGGAGCUGCAGUCCACCCAGAGAGAACUGGAGGUGCUGUCGGAGCAGUACUCUCAGAAAUGUCUGGAGAACGCUCACCUGGCCCAGGCACUGGAGGCCGAGAGGCAGGCCCUCAGGCAGUGUCAGAGAGAGAACCAGGAGCUGAACGCUCACAACCAGGAGUUAAAUAAUCGACUGACUACAGAGAUCACUCGAAUGCGCUCCUGUUUCAGCGGUGAAACAGCGCUGUCACCACUUACCCAGGGCAAAGACGUGUAUGAACUGGAGGUGUUGCUACGAAUUAAGGAGUCCGAAAUCCAGUAUCUCAAACAGGAAAUCCACUCUUUGAAAGAUGAACUGCAGUCUGCUUUGAGGGACAAGAAAUAUGCCACCGACAAAUAUAAGGACAUCUAUACAGAGCUCAGCAUUGUGAAAGCAAAGGCUGACUGUGACAUCAGUAAACUGAAGGAGAAGCUGCUCAUUGCCACAGAAGCUUUAGGCGAGAGGACCGUUGAUGGAUCGGUCACAUCUGGAUAUGAUAUCAUGAAAUCAAAAAGUAAUCCAGAUUUCCUGAAAAAGGAACGAUCAACAACCUCCAAACAAUCAAGAGGCUUAAGGUCAAAGAGCCUGAAAGAGGGACUGACUGUGCAGGAGCGAAUGAAGCUUUUUGAGGCAAAAGAUUCCAAAAAGAUUUGAACAUCAAGAAUCUGAAGUUUUGUUUCUUUUUCCCUGACCUCGGAUUUCUGGUCAGGUUGCUUCGGCCACGCCAGCAUUAGCUGAAGACUCUUUUAGGAAAUGGAAAAAAAGAAAAUAAUCAAGGUCAAUUCUAAACUUGGACCUGCUGCUUCCAUGCCUCUGAUAAGUUGUCAUUUUUUUUUUUUUUUUUUUUUUUUUUUUUUAGUUAAUUAAUGGAAAAAAGUUUUACUGAAUCGAUCCUGUGUUAGGUUCCUUUUAAAAUAAAUCCAUAGAUGUAUAAUCUGUCCAAUAUGGAGAUGUGUCAAAUAAGCUGUGAGAGGGAUACAUAACAGCAUUUUUAUUGAUCCUCCAAAAUGCCAAAACAGACAGCAAUACACAUUAUGAAUAAUAUAUAUUUCCCAAUAUGAAUUAAGUAUCUGCUGUAUUUUAUUAUUGUUACAGUUUCUAUAUCUAAUAAUUUUUAAUGUGUUUAAUGUUGCACCGGUUCUGUUGUACAUAACUACUACUGGAUAUAUGUAAGAGUAUGGUUUGCUAUUGAUCGUUGGGGCAUCUGCUGUACUAUAACUAUGGUUUGAUUGAUAGUGGAGAACAAUGUGAUGCUUAACUUGCUUACGUAUGAGAGUUUUAUAAAAUGGAGUGUCUGUGUGUGAAGGGGGAAGGGGGGUGGGAUUGCACUUAUCACUUGACUACUUGAGCAAGCUUUUUUGUCAAAUUGGUGUAGUGACUUCAAGUCAAAUAUUGCAGUGCAACCAAACAUCCUGACUUCUGUCAAAUUUAGUGGACAACCGUGAAUUGUUAGUGAUACUGGAUUUUUUAAAAGUUUCUUAAAACCUGGAUUUGUGUUUGCUCAGUUUUGACUUUGGUGUGAGAAUAUCAUCUCAGAAAAAAAUAAGAAAAAAAAACGAACUAUUUAGGACUUUGCAUGACUGUACAGCAUCAUUUGAAUUGCAGGAUGAUCAUGUUGCCUCAUUUUCCUACUUUAUGCUUAAGUGUGGAUCUCUUAACACUAAUAAGCUUUGCUUUGCAAGUCCUACUGUUUAGGUGUUGAGAUUGAAAUGUUUUACUGUAAGCGGCAGUCUUGAAGCACUUGGCCCAAUCCCUGACCUCUCACUGAAAUCUAGUCGUGCCUCAACUGAGUGAAGAAUAUAAACAUCCAUGAAACCUGUGCAGCUAUGAUACACACUGUAUAGUAUUCAAACCACGCCUUGUAUAUAUAUAUGCCACACGGAAGACUUCUGUGUUUUGUUUUAAACUUGUACCUUGCUCACUAGCUCUAUAUUAAAUAUAUAUGAAUAUUUUUUAUUUUCAUUUGAAUGUAUAACGUCAAAUAAAUGAAGUGUUUGGAAA